AUGAACUUCCUUGUGUCUGCGGGGUCCAACGACACGCUGGAGGACGCUACGAGACAAUUGAGGACGCUGGUAUAUAACGUGCAGACCCAUUUACAGACGAAGGCGAGGAAUUCAGUAGUACCUGAGGCUUCGUAUGGUCAGCGAAGACAGUCGCCAAGUCACUUCGUGCGUCGUAGAGUACGACGGUAUCCGGACCAGUCGCGAUGGAUGCCAAGAAGUUAUCCUGCUCAAAUGCGGGAUGCAGGGUAUGCGAUGUAUGCAGCUGCAUCACCGCAAGGCGGGAACGAACAGACCCAGCGGAUUCCUCGCAACCGACAGCCGCGACAUAUUUAUCAAGGAGCUCCGAAUAACUUUGCACAGUCAGAGUACAAUCUGUAUGAGUACGACGACCAACGUGUUGGACAUGAAGUCGAGUAUCCGGAUGAGGCAGUUGAUCUAACAAGCGAGAACGCAGGUGCCCAUGGAUCUUUGGAAUUUGUUGACGUUCCAGAUCGGCAUCAACAGGUGCAUCGAACGCACCCUCGACGAAGCCUGAAGCGUCCACUUAGCAAACUACGAAACGAUGGACCCCCACCGCCACCUAUUUACCGGCAACGAAUGCCAUACAUUUAUGACUGUACGUACGAUGACGAAGAAGACGAAUGGAUGACUGAAGAUGAAGAAAUGGCUGUGGCUUACGGCUAUCCUCCGCAGUUUCGCCCUAUGGAGAUCCCUGUUGUACGUCGACGACGACGAUUUGAUAGUGUAACGGCGUCGAAUCCCUCAAAACGAUGCUUCCCUUGA